GUAACUAGUGUAAACGUAUGCUGUCUCGAGGAAAGCGAUAUCAUGAACGUCCUUACGCGGUGUCCCGGAUUAUACUGCGGCAGGGAAUUGCUGCAGGAUGGAAAUUGGAGCAUUUGUGGAGCUUGCCCGCGCGGCUUCCGCGCUAACGCUUCAUCGGCAUGCGAGCCCUGUGAGGAUGCGCCAAUGUUCUAUGAUUGGCUGUACCUAGGCUUCAUGGUCUUGUUAGCUUUGGUGCUGCACUGGUUCUGCAUUGACAUGGUCGCCAUGCGUCGUAAUAUACCCAAAGAAGUGAUCGCCCUUCAUCUUUCUGCAUUAUUUGAAGUAGUCCUGGCGUCCCUCAUAGUCCUUCAGUUAACAGAUCCCAUUGGAUCGUUCAGCAUUAAGUCAUGCAAGGCAAAAAAAUUAUCAGACUGGUAUACACUACUGCAUAAUCCGAAUCCUAAUUAUGAAGCGACUUUACACUGCACGCAAGAGGCAAUUUAUCCAUUGUACACUAUGGUUUUUGUCUUUUAUGCUUUAGGAAUAGUUCUCAUGCUGUUAAUAAGGCCACUAAUAGCUAAGAAAUUUUUACCGAAACAGGGAAAGUUCUCUAUUUAUGCAGCGCUGUAUUUUUAUCCAAUCCUUGCACUGCUUCAUGCCGUGGGAGGAGGUCUAAUAUAUUACUCCUUUCCUUAUAUUCUCAUUGUCCUGUCGGUACUUUCAAAUGCAGCGCAUUUCGCAUUUAAACUGAAUCAAACGGUAAAGUCAUUGUUGUUGAGUUCCAUCUCGGAUAUAAAGAAUGUGAUCGUCAUUUUGGGCCAUUGGUUGCUGCAUGGAUAUGGUGUAAUAGCGGUUGCGACUCUUCGGGAAGUCACUAUUCAUCCCACGAUGUUGCUCCUAGUUGUAUUACCUGCUCUAUUUUAUAUUAUAACAGCGAAAUUCACUGAUCCACACAAAUUGCAUAUUGAAUAAGUUUCCCAAGUAGAUCAUACGUAUAGUGUUUAUACAUACUAUCUCCCGCAUGUUUAAGAUUAACAUGAUUAGGCUGUGUAUUUAUUGUGAUAAAAGCGAGAUUUUGCGGACAUACGC